GGGUUCGAUUCCCGGGCAAUGCACGUGGCAUUGCCGCUACCUGACCGCUUGGAACAGCGUGAGAGUUCCGGUUAGCACCUUGGUCCACUGGAUGUGGUGCUUAACCCUCGCCCCCGUUUAUUCAUUGGAGCUUAUCUUACCUCAAGUGAGGAUUAUAAACACCUCCUUAUGGUAAUCAUUAUUUUUGUACAGUAACUGAAGAAGGUUAUAAUGGGUGUAAAUUUCGUUGGCCUUGUGCCUAGUGCUUCUUUUGAUAACAAGGUUCCUGAGUGCCCACAUGGACCGAUGCUGCUUUUCGAGAAGGCGGACGACUGUGGCUCGAAGGCGGGCCGCCAGUUUUACGCGUGCGCCGCGUGCCGCGACCGCAAGCAGUGCGCCUUCUUCCUGUGGCGGGACGAGCGUCUGCCAGCGGAGAAGGUGCGCCAGUGGCGUCAGCGAGCCGCAGGGGAGUCGCGCGCCGCCAGCCACCGGCAGCGAUACGACAGGGCGCGGACCAUCCUGAGCGGGGGCGGCGCACAGUACUGCCUGACCUGUACCGCCCUGGUGCCGGCCUCGGCGGCGGCGGAGCACAGGAGCCACCCGACUCGGCCAGCCGACACGGAGAGCGCCCGGCGUCCGACGCAGCUGCUGCGUCCCCGCGCCUGUAACAAGUCGUCGGCGCAGUACCUGUUCUCACCGGACACUGUGACCGUCCUGGACGGGGUGCUGGGUGCGGCCGGGGUGCGCCGGGUGCUGUGCUGUGGCACCCCGCGGCUGCACGAGCACCUGCUCAGCGCCGGCCAGCGCGACAGCCUGCUACUCGACCUGGAUGAGAGAUUCGAGGAGUUUUGGCCGCCGGAGACGUUCUCCGUGUACAACAUGUUCAACCACCACCUGAUCAGCGAGGAGGGUCACCGCGCCUACCGCGAGUUCGUCCAGCGGGACGGCGGACGGGGUCUGGCAGUGUUCGUGGACCCCCCGUUCGGGGCUCGGCUGGAAGCCCUGGCUCUCACUCUACGCACCAUCGCUGACGAGUGUGGCUCUCAACCGGCAGUUUUCCUCGUGCUGCCGUACUUCAACGAGCCUGACGUGCUGCGAAAUCUGCCCGGCCUGCACAUGACAGACUUCCGCGUGGAGUACGACAAUCACAACAAGUACACUUCAGCCGCCGGUGGCAGGAAGUUCGGCUCUCCCGUGCGCCUGUUUGCCAGCGUGGCGCCACAGCUGGUGACGCUGCCGGAGCCCACCUACAGACUGUGCGCGCCGUGCGGCCGCUGGGUCCACGCCGACAACCGGCACUGUGACCGCUGCCGCAGCUGCACCUCAAAGGACGGACGGCCGUACCGCCACUGCGCGCCGUGCGGACGCUGUGUCAAAGUCACCUGGCAGCACUGCGCCGCGUGUGACCGCUGUGCGCUGCCCGACCACCCCUGUGCCGGGCAGGACCGCGGUGUGAACAGGGCUGUCUCCGCGCCCACACAGCCGAAACGCCCGGCAGGACACCAGCCGAAGAAAAAACCGAAGAGGCGGCGAAAAUAGCGGGCGUCUGACGCAGACCGCCGGUGUUUGGUCCCUCGGCCGUUAAUGUUGUCCGGAGUGCCGUUCGGUGCCACUGUUUCAGUCCAGUGCAGUAUAAAUGGCCUGCUGUUAUCUCCAGGCCGACCCGACACCGCCCACCUGCGUAUGUCUCGACUGGUGAUUUUUGUCUUUCUGCGCCGGUAACGAGCGGAAGGUCCGCGUUCAAAGCGCACCGGACGCUGCCCGCUGCCGACAGGUAAUUGGUCCGCAACACGCGGUCUUCCCCAGUGACGUCAUCCGGGUGUCCGGAUGUGACAUGAUGACGGCAUGACGUCAUGUGUGCGUAUGCGUAUGACAGUGUGCUCCGAGACGGGGUUCACAUCAUUUGUUUGCGGAGGGUGGCUUCUUGCUGUUGUUUUUGUUAGUUGCCGUUUGUUAUGUAGGCUGGGGAAAAGGCUGACAGAAAAUGACGAAUCUUGAACAGCAUUGUCUCAUUCAAGUCACUGCCGUAUGCAAUGCAUUUGUAACUGUUAUUUUUUAAAAUAUAAUCUGCAAAUGUC